AGGCAGACGCAAACGGACAGCUUCCUACCGUGGCAGAGUGCAGGGAAUGACUACAGCAAAUCAGGCCACAGUGCUGACAAGGGAGGUGGAGUGUCACUAGAGGGGAGGGUGUGGUCUCUGCCCCCACUGCACUGAGCGCCAUGCCCACAGGAGAAGAGGUGCUGGGGCGGGGAUUGCCGUGUGGCGUGGCCUUGCCCCAAAGCCAGUACUGAGCACUCUCUGGUCAGCUGUCUCUUCUUGCCUGCCUGUCUUGCCAACCCACGCUUCAGCAUCCCUCACUGUGACCAUUCUGUUUGGUGGCAAGGGGGAGAGGCGCCCAUCCUGUGUUCUGCGUCCGUCAGGAGGGGCCUGCUGCUGCCGGACCAUGGGAUGUCGGCAAAGCUCAGAGGAAAAAGAGGCGGCGAGGCGGUCCCGGAGAAUUGACCGCCACCUGCGCUCAGAGAGCCAGCGGCAGCGCCGUGAAAUCAAGCUUCUCCUGCUGGGCACCAGCAACUCCGGCAAGAGCACCAUCGUCAAGCAGAUGAAGAUCAUCCACAGUGGUGGCUUCAACCUGGAGGCCUGCAAGGAGUAUAAGCCCCUCAUCAUCUACAACGCCAUCGACUCGCUGACCCGUAUCAUCCGGGCCCUGGCCGCCCUCAAGAUCGAUUUCCAUAACCCUGACCGUGCCUAUGAUGCUGUGCAGCUCUUUGCACUGACUGGCCCAGCAGAGAGCAAGGGUGAGAUUACACCAGAGCUGCUGGGUGUCAUGCGACGGCUCUGGGCUGACCCCGGGGCUCAGGCCUGCUUUGGCCGCUCUAGCGAGUACCACCUGGAGGACAACGCAGCCUAUUACCUGAAUGACCUGGAGCGCAUCGCGGCGCCUGACUAUAUCCCCACGGUGGAGGACAUCCUGCGCUCUCGGGACAUGACCACGGGCAUCGUGGAGAACAAGUUCACCUUCAAGGAGCUCACCUUCAAGAUGGUGGACGUGGGCGGGCAGAGGUCAGAGCGCAAAAAAUGGAUCCACUGCUUUGAAGGCGUCACGGCCAUCAUCUUUUGUGUGGAGCUCAGUGGCUACGACUUGAAACUCUAUGAGGACAACCAGACGAGCCGAAUGGCGGAAAGCCUGCGCCUCUUCGACUCCAUCUGCAACAACAACUGGUUUAUCAGCACCUCGCUCAUCCUCUUCCUGAACAAGAAGGACCUCCUGGCCGAGAAGAUCCGGCGCAUUCCGCUCAGUGUCUGCUUCCCAGAGUACAAGGGGCAGAACACGUACGAGGAAGCCGCCGUCUACAUCCAGCGUCAGUUUGAGGACCUAAACCGCAACAAGGAAACCAAGGAGAUCUACUCCCAUUUCACCUGUGCCACUGACACCAGUAACAUCCAGUUUGUCUUUGACGCGGUCACAGACGUCAUUAUACAGAACAACCUCAAGUACAUUGGCCUUUGCUGAGGAGCCGGGUGGGCGCGGCCUGCUCGCCUGUGGUGAAACCCACGGGGUUGUCAUACCCCAACCUGUGCUAGAGAGGCCCGACCCAGGGGCAGAAAACAGGGGGCGGGGCUUGAAGAAUGUGUCCCCAACCUCCCAGCCUCUGCCUUCUCGGGGGGAGCCCCACGUUUCUGCAAACACAAAAAUAUUUGGAUAGAUUGCUAGGUAGGUAGACACAGACACGCACACAUGCACACCAGGAGAACCGCAAAGUUCUCCAAAGUGUCAAGGUUUUCCGAAGUCUUUAAGAAGCUGCUGUCACAAGUUCAUUCCAAGUCCACCUUGCCCUCCUUCACUCUACCUUCCUGAGUUGACCCUUCACCCUGCA